AUGUCCUCCUCCACCGGCCAUGCGGGGCAAUCCUCCGCCAGCGGCAACACAAUCAUAAUCGGCCUGUCAGGUCCAUCAUCAAGCGGAAAGACCACAUUAGCAAGACUGCUACUUCCCAUAUUCGCUGUGGAAAACAGGGUCCGGACAUUUAUCAUACACGAAGAUGAUUUUUAUCUCCCUGACGAUCGAAUACCAGUCGUACGAACAAAAAAAGGAGAGCUAGUGCAAGACUGGGAUACUGUCGGCGCCAUAGAUGUAGAUUUCCUAUCCUCUGCAUUGGCCUAUGUGCGUGAACAUGGCACACUGCCGCCUCGGCUCAGGAGUAAAGAGGAUCAAAACGAGGCCAAGGAUCCGGGUGUUGCCAAAGAUCUGAUAGAAAGCAUCGCAAACGAAGUCAAGGAGAAACUAAACCAGACUUCCCUGCUCAAAGACGAAGGAGAAGUGACGAUUGCAUUCUUGGAAGGCUUUUUACUAUUUGCGCCGCCUGCAACGGAGAAUCCAGGCCAUGUUUUGAGGCAUGUCCAUGACAAUAUUCACUUACACCUUUUUCUAUCCGCGCCUUAUGAUACAGUCAAGUCCCGUCGGGAGGCGAGGAGCGGAUAUGUAACCAUCGGUCCUGCGCCGACACCAGCGGCCGAGCGAGAGAAUCAAAAUAACGAUGAAGAUAAAGGACAAUCAUCGGCACCGGUCAACUUGGAGGAAGAAGACCAUAGUGAACCUCAGAAUUUCUGGACUGAUCCGCCUGGUUACGUGGAUGAUAUUGUUUGGCCGAGAUAUGUCCAGGAUCAUGCGUGGUUGUUAGUUGCCGGGGAUGAUGAUACUGGUCGACAGUCACUGGCUGAUAGAUAUGCUGCCGGCUCAACACAGACCGAGGAAGAAUUGUUGAGGCUGGCUGGUCAGGCUGUUAAUGUGCGAAGUGAUGCGGGUGUUGUGGUGGCGCCCGGGAAGGGAGAGAAGCCUAUGAGUGAGGUAUUGAGAUGGGCUGUAGAUGAGAUAUUGAAUUAUUUGAAAGUGUAG